UAAAGAAGAAGAAGCGAGGAAGAGACCCGCGUAUUCGCAAAUAUCAAAGCUGAAACAAAGCAUGCAAUUAAUUUUUCGUUUUGCAUGAGACUUUAUAUUCGCAAAUUAUCUGUGAAAAUGCCUAAAUCAAUCAAGAAGUUCUGCACUACCCAGACAUCUAUAAGUAGCUACUUCGGCGGGUUGAGCAGCAGUGCCCCUGACAGAAACGUUCAAUCCGGUAUUAUCGGUAACUCUGUUGAGCUAUGCGCUGGGCUGAAACCAGGACCUAGAGGAAAGCAUAAGCAUUCUCCGAAUAAAAAUGGUGGGUCAUUAUUGAAACGAGCCAAAUUGGCCCAUAAAGGACAGGAAAAGGAGGACAUGAACUGUGAGGUCAUAUCCUGGCGUGUCGAUGAAAUCAGGGCCCCCUCCUCUCGAGGGGCAGGCAGCCUCUCCUCUUCCACCCUGGAGAGACUGAAGUGCUUCGUCUGCCCUAGUGAGCCCCAAGGCAGAGGCCCUCCUGGGCCCGGGAAUGCGGGUGGUGGGUCUGAGGAUGCAGAUGGUGGGCCUGGUGACGUAGGCGAUGGGUGUGCUCAUGGAGGUAAUGGGCCUGGGGAUGUAGGAGGUAGGGAGGCUGUGGCCCACAAAGAAAUGACUGUCGAUAAAGAGAGACAGAAAAGCGAAGAAGAGGAGUGGCGGAGUCCAGAGCCAUCAUCCAAAAAACAGGCUCUCAGCCUCAUUCAGUUUGCCAAGCCAGGAGAAGGAAGAAGAAGGGGGGGUGUAAUGAAGACUCCUCCAGGAGUAGGGGGUGAAGUCUGUGUGACCAGUGCCCCCUGUGGGAUCUCUAAGAGUGGGUACACUCCUCUGGAGCAGCAGUACCUGCAGAUUAAAGAGCAACAUAAAGACGCUCUAUUGGCUGUGGAGUGUGGAUACAAGUACAGGUUCUUUGGAGAGGACGCAGAGAAAGCAGCGAAGCAGCUGAACAUCUUCUGUCACCUGGACCAUAACUUCAUGACGUGUAGCAUUCCCACACACCGCUUGUUCGUUCACAUACGACGCCUUGUCUCCCAGGGCUACAAGGUGGGCGUGGUGAAGCAGACAGAGACGUCGGCCAUUAAGGCCUCCGGAGCCAAUAAGAACACUUUGUUCACCCGCCAACUCAGCGCUCUCUAUACAAAGUCUACACUGGUGGGGGAGGACGUCAACCCAGUGCAUAGUCUGGUUGAUGUGGAGGAGGGGGAGUGUGAUGAUGUGGUGACAGAUCCUCCAGAGAGCUACCUGCUCUGUCUCAGUGAGACCUGGGAUAAACCCAGAAAACAACUAACCAUUGGGCUGGUGGCGGUGCAGCCCAGUACAGGUGACGUGCUGUUGGAUUGUUUUGUGGACGGCUCAACGCGUUGUGAGCUGGAGGGGCGAGUCUUAAAGGUCAACCCUGUAGAGAUCCUGGUGCCCUCUGACCUCUCAGACUCCUCCCAUCGUCUGCUGCAGAGCAUCGUCACCGCCAGUGUGCAGGCUGGUGAUGGUGUACGUAUAGAGAAGAGGGAAAGUGCUCAGUUUGACUUUGCCUCUGCAAUGAACACUGUCACUGAGUUCUACUUUCACGCACAGGACGCAGGUGUGUCAGAGAGAGAGAGACAGAGAGAGAGGCGGGCGGGCGGGCGUACAGGUUCCAGACCUCUCUCCAGUAUAGCCUCUUUGGAAAGCCCUGUGGUCUGCUGUCUGGGUCCUCUCAUCCACUACCUCACAGAGUUUAACCUGCAGAGAGUACUACUGCACCACAGUUCGUUCAGGCACCUCUCCUGUGAGUCAGACGGUAUGGUCCUCAGUGCUCCCACUCUCAGAAACCUGGAGAUACUCACCAACCAGACCGAUGGAGGUACGAAGGGGAGUUUGUUGUGGGUGUUAGACCACACCCACACCUCAUUUGGUAGAAGACUGAUGAGGAAGUGGGUAAGCCAGCCCCUCAAAGAUGCACAGUCUAUAUGUGAGAGACAAGGUGCUGUAUGUGAGAUCCUGGAGUCUGAUUCCAUCACCCUACCCUCCGUUAGAGCCCUGCUCUUCCGACUGCCAGACCUGGAGAGAGGAGUGUGCAGCAUCUACCACAAGAAGUGUUCCACCCAGGAGUUCUACCUCAUCAGCAGCAGUCUUUCUCGGCUGGGGGUGGAACUACAGGCUCUGCUCCCAUCCAUCCAAUCACAGCUCAGCUCCUCUCUGCUCCGAGGGCUCCUAUUGGACACACCUGAACUGCUGGCUCCUGCUCACAACUUUCUCAAAGUCCUCAACGAGAAGGCAGCCAAGUCAGGGGAUAAGAGGGAGCUGUUCUGUGACCUAUCGGGCUUCCCAGUGCUCCAGGAGAGGAGAGUCGAGAUCCAAUCGGUUCUGACUGAGAUACAAGACCACCGGAGAGAGGUUCGAUACGCACUCAGGACCCCUACACUGGACUACGUCAGAGUCAGUGGACAAGAGUUCUUGAUAGAGGUGAAGAACUCUAUGGUGUCUGUGGUUCCGUCCGACUGGGUUAAGAUCAGCAGUACUAAGGCAGUGAGUAGGUACCAGUCUCCGUACCUGAUAGGAAGAUGUAGGAGUCUGUCCCAGCUCAGAGAACAGCUGCUCAUCGACAGCCAGAAAGAAUGGACCAACUUCCUACAUCAGUUUGGGGAGUACUACCACACUAUGAAGAAGGCUGUUGGUAACUUAGCAACAGUGGACUGCCUGUUCUCAUUGGCUGAGGUCGCUAAGCAGAGGAACUACUGCAGGCCGGUGUUGUGUGAAGGAGAUCGUCAGAUCGUGAUCAGGGACGGCAGACAUCCUGUGAUAGACCUACUGAUGGGAGAGCACACACAAUACGUCCCCAACAACACAGAAUUACAGGGUGACGGGAGAAGGACUCUGAUAAUAACAGGCCCUAACAUGGGGGGUAAGAGCUCCUACAUCCGUCAGGUGGCGCUAGUCAGCAUCAUGGCCCAGGUGGGAUCAUAUGUACCAGCUACAGAGGCAAGACUAGGCAUCCUGGAUGGCAUAUACACCAGAAUGGGAGCAUCUGACAGUAUCUAUAAGGGCCGAAGCACAUUCAUGGAGGAGCUGACGGAAGCCUCGGAAAUUGUCACCCGGGCAACCGAGAGGUCAUUGGUCAUCCUGGACGAGUUGGGGCGGGGCACCAGCACCCACGACGGAAUAGCUAUCGCCUAUGCUACUCUGGAGUACUUCAUCAGAGAUGUGAAGUCUCUAACUCUGUUUGUGACCCACUACCCACCUCUGUGUGAGCUGGAGAAGGUGUAUCCUCUGCAUGUAGGCAACUUCCACAUGGCCUUCCUCCUCAAUGAACCAGACAUCGCCACAGACGACGUUGAGGUGCAGCCAGAGUUCAUCACCUUCCUGUACCAGUUGACUGAGGGGGCGGCUGGGCAGAGCUAUGGGCUAAAUGUUGCCCGAUUGGCUGAGAUUCCAGAAACUGUACUCCACAUCGCCGCACGCAAAGCACAGGAGCUAAAGAACAUCGUCGAAGCCCGAAGAAAGAGCAAGAGGUUGUUUGCUGAACUGUGGAGCAUCGACGACAGAAAGGCUCUUUUGGACUGGGUGCAGCUAAACUCCUGAUCACACACACUCGAAUGUGCACACACUCAGAAAUCCCUGGCCGUUGUGACUCUAAGCCUGGUUUGUCCUCUUGUGUUCUCCAUAAAGUUUCUCUAGCCCCGGCUCAGGAAGGACUAAAGCCCUGAGGGAACAGGAGGAACAGCAUUAAUCUCUGUUUCUAUAGAAAAUGGACACACACCAUUAAAUGCCAAAGCACAUUCAAGUGCGCGGCGGAUUAGCGGGACCGGUGAUGCGAGAGCUAUCUCUAAACCCAGUCAUUUUUUUUAUUGAACCUUUAUUAAACUAGGCAAGUCAGUUAAGAACACAUUCUUAUUUGCAAUGACGGCCUACACAGGCCAAACCCGGGUGACGCUGAGCCAAUUGUGCGUCGCCCUAUGGGACUCCCAAUCACGGCCGGUUAUGACACAGCCUGGAUUUGAACCAGGGUGUCUGUAGUUUUUCUUUGGUACCAGGUAGUUUAAUUGUAUUAAAGUAAGUAAAUACCUAAAGGUACCCAGUUACCACAUAGAUUGUUGGUUAAUACCAGCUGAAACAACAAGUUUAUCUAUGGUUAGGGAAACUCAUAGCGUUAAUGGCAUGGCUGCACGCUUGCUGUGAAUCCAGUAUGAGACCACGCAGAGAAGCAGGGGAUAGCGUUAUUUUGACAAGCAUAGGCGAGAGACGUGCUUUGAUAAUGCAACCCAUGGUUUACAGAAUGAAGUCGAAUUUUUUGGUUGAAAUGUGAAUAGCAUCCCCGGGACAGUCCCAGGCUCCUGGUUACCCAUGUUAAUCCCUAAUUCAGAUUUAGUCUGGGUACCAGUCUGUUUAGCUAUCAUUCCACUCCUUGCCACUCCUGUCAUUUGGCAAGUGACAGGAGUGGAAUGUUAUCGAAAAUGACUGUUACCUAGCCUAAUUCAGGCUGUGUGGGUAGAAUAAAUUCAGGCUUGUACAAUUCAAUAAAAAAAAAAAACUUUA